GACGGGGAGAAAUGACAGCGCUGUCUUCUCUCCACCGUCCCUUAAUAACCAAGCUCAGUGCUCGCAUUAUACGUAUAAACUAUAUAUAUAAGCUUGCCAUUUUCACCGAUAAACCAAAGCUUUGGGUUUACGGUUUUUCAGUGGCUAUCUGUGACUGCAAAUAUGGCUAAUCAUUCUGGAGAAGUGAGUUCGAAAAGUUCGUCAGGAUUCCCAACAGUGGUUCUCAAUGAGAGAAUCCUUUCUUCAAUGUCUCGAAGAUCUGUUGCUGCUCAUCCCUGGCAUGAUUUGGAGAUUGGACCAGGUGCUCCAUCAGUUUUUAACUGUGUCGUUGAAAUUGGAAAAGGCAGCAAGGUUAAGUACGAGCUUGACAAGACAAGUGGCCUUAUAAAAGUUGAUCGUGUUCUCUACUCGUCGGUUGUUUAUCCACACAACUAUGGUUUCAUUCCACGAACCAUUUGUGAAGAUAGUGAUCCAAUGGAUGUCCUGAUACUGAUGCAGGAGCCUGUGCUACCUGGUUCUUUCCUUCGUGCCCGUGCCAUUGGAUUAAUGCCUAUGAUUGACCAGGGUGAAAGGGAUGACAAAAUCAUAGCUGUAUGUGCUGAUGACCCAGAGUUCCGCCACUACAAGGACAUCAAGGAGAUUCCUCCACAUCGGCUUGCUGAAAUCCGUCGCUUCUUUGAGGACUACAAAAAGAAUGAGAACAAGAAAGUUGAUGUGGAAGACUUCCUGCCAGCUGAGGCCGCUAUUGAAGCCAUCAAGUACUCCAUGGACCUGUAUGCAUCUUACAUAGUUGAAAGCUUGAGGCAGUAACUAGUCUGGAAACUUUGUCCAAUGUCUGUUCCCCGAAAUUGUUUAUUGGCUGAUAGACUUCUUGCUGCCUGCCUUUUUACAAAUGUUAUUUUAUCACUUUAAGUACACUGAUCUUGGUAUCAAUGGUACUGGUGCAAUAACUUAUGAAAUACUUUUAAUAUUAUAAAUUUCUCCA